UAAUGCGCCCUAUCAAUCUGCAUCAAAAUCCAAAGUGUUGCGCUCGUCUGCAUAUAAUGCAAGCCACAAUCUAGACACUCACACACAUUUGUGCCACUGAAAUAGCAUUUUAAAUCAUGGCUUCAAACGCAGAAAGUGAUAAAUUGAAAGAAGAACUUAAAAGAAAACAGGCCGCCGUCAAAGAAUUGAUUGACAAUGAGGAAUGUGCCCUAAAAAAGCGUCUACCUCGGAAGUUGCCAAAACGUGAUUGUGAUGUGUACGUUUCGAGAAAAACUGAUUUCAAACAGCAACUGAAACGGUGCCAAAAGAUUCUUGAUAAUGGAAACCUGGUGUGCAUUCAUGGGCUGGGUCAGGCAAUCAACAGGGCUAUAAAUUUGGCUCUCCAGUUGCAGGCAUCGGGACUUGGGACAGUGGAACUCGAGACGCACACCAGCACAGUGGAACUUGUUGAUGACAUCAAACCACUGAACGACGAUCACGAACCUGACACUUUGGGUCGGAGUAAUUCUGCAGUGCAUAUUCGAGUGUUCAGACCAGAUCUUCAAUCAGCUAUGGAUGAACUCUCAGAGAUAGAAAGAGUGACUAAAUCCGUGAAAACUUGAUCUAUUAAUUUUGACACUGGUCAAAAUUGUGUUCGUUAAUAAUGGUUUUACUAAUUAAUGGAUAUUUCUUAAGCAAAUCAAAUUUAAAUAUGUGUUUUGUUGUUAUUAAAUAUGAUUUAUUGUUAGGAAAAACUGCUAAUGUUGUUACAUCACUGAUGAUACCUGGCCCAUUAACUGGUGCUGAUCAAUUUGUAUGCUCCCCCAAAAAAAUUUGGGGGAAGCAUAUAUUCACCGCUUCGUCUGUCUGUCCGUCCGUGUGUCCAUCCGUCCGCCCAUGCACAAUUUUUGUCUGGGCUAUUUCUCAGCAACUAAUGACCAGAAUUCAAUUAAACUUUAUGGGAAGCUUCACUACCAAGAGGAGAUGUGCAUAUUAUCAGCCGGUUCUGGUCGGAUGAUUUUUCACAGAGUUAUGGCCCUUUGAAAAUUUCCAUUAACUGUACAUAUAGUGCAAUUCUUGUCCGGGCUAUUGCUCAGCAACUAAUGACCUGAAUUCAAUGAAACUGUAUGGGGAAGCUUCACUACCAAGACGACAUGUGCAUAUUAUCAGCCGGUUCUCGUCGGAUGAUUUUUCACAGACUUAUGGCCCUUUGAAAUUUUCCAUUAACUGAACAUAUAGUGCAAUUCUUGUCCGGGCGCUUUUUCUCAGCAACUAAUUAUGGGAAUUCAAUGAAACUUUAUGGGAAGCUUCACUACCAACAGGAGAUGUGCAUAUUAUCAGCCGGUUAUGGUUGGGUGAUUUUUCACAGAGUUAUGACCCUUUGAAAAUUUCUAUAAACUGUACAUAUAGUGCAAUUCUUGGCCGGGCUAUUUCUCCCUUACUACUGACUGGAAUUCAAUGAAGCUUUAUGGGAAGCUUAACUACCUUGAGGAGAUGCAGAUGUUAUUUAUGGGUUCUGGUUAGAUGAUUUAUUUAGAGAGUUAUGGCCCUUUGAAAUGUUUAUGUUGCUAAACUAUCCAUCGUAUUAUUUUGUCCAAAGUUAUGCCCCUCAAGACGUUUCCUUUUAUCUGAAUAUAUAGUGCAAUAUUGUGACAAAAAAAAUCUUUGGGGAGCAUCACCCGUCUCCGACGGUUUCUUGUUUAUUAAUUACUAAUCAUUGAUGCCAGUGAUCGAGGCGAGUGACUUACUCACUGAGGUCAUGUUAAGGGUGCAUUUGAUUAUAUAACACAAAGAGAUGUAUUUUUAAAACUUUUAUUUACAAAGUUGUAAUGCAAAACCAUUACAUAAUUUGAUGUAUCCCUUAAAACUUUUUUUUAAACAUUGUUGAUAAUGUAUGAUCAUCAUGUCUCAGGUGGCCCAUGUCCUUUGAAACUGCCACUUGUGUGUUGAUCCCCUCUGAUGCUAGGUUUUUACCACCCACUGAAAAGCAGUAUGUGAAAGUUUACAUUCACAUGCUUAUGUCAUUGUGUGCCAUUAAUUGAAUUCUAUCAUAUGGAAAGAAAGAAUAAUUAUUUGUUUAUUAUUAGCCUCAAUAAAUUAAGCAUUAAA